AUGAACAAUCCAUAUACAGGGAAUUUUGGAUCCUCAGCAUUAGCAGCCCUCAGCUCACAAUUCUCCAACGACUUCCCUCACCCAACAACCACACCUUCAUCGACAUACUCAAGAACAUCUACCUCCUACCCAACAACCACACACACCAACCCAUCGACAACAGACUUCCCCAACACCUUCAACAAUGGCAAAAACUUCUGGGACAAAAUGGCCGUCGGUGCCAAAGCAGGCGCAAUCGUAGCCAUCGUCCUCGUCAUCCUAAUCAUCGUCUUCGCAUCCGUCUGGUUCUGUUGCGGCUGCUGCGGUCUCCGGCAACGAAACGCUCGCCGCAACGAGAUCCGUCACCCAAGACCAGACACCGAUACCGUGCCCCUCCAAGACCGCCAACAACAGCCUACUACCACCAACAUGAUGAUGAUGAACCGCAUGGCCUCCACCGCAACUCGAGGAGGAGAGGCUCCUCCGCCUCUGUACGCGGAAGUCACACCGCCGCAACAUACGACGAUCGCGGGCGGCAUCACACAUGUGAGGGAGGAGGAAGAGGGCAUUAUCUCCGACGGCAAGACGCCGUUGAGCGAGAUCCCGUUCGAGGACGUGGUGUUGGAUCACAGUCCGUCAGAGUCGUCCUCAUCGAGGAAUUUUGGGCAUUCGCAUUUAGGGCUUGGAGGUGAUACGACGGGGCAUACGAAUUCGUGA